AUGAUAGGAUCAGCACCUGACAUCUGCGGCUCGACUAGAAGAGCUAAAUAUUGUACCUACCAAUGCAUGUAUGCUUUAGAUCAAAAUUGCGCUUUAACAACUUCACUUGGACAGGAUUUUCGUGAAGUGGAAGAAGACGAAGAGGGGCUUGUCAUCGGUUCUGCGAGAGUUAAAACAAAAAAAUCUCGCGAAGUUAGCGGAGAGCCAAAAGCGACUUCUUCAGGUUCACUUUUGCUCACGUCCUCAAACCGAAAGCGUCGCAAGAAUCAUGUUCGUGCCAUUUAUCAGCACUAUUUGGCAGCGUGGAAUGUUGCCUUUACUUCUAAAGAUUAUACGGAAGAUGUAGAGCUCAUGUUCCGUGCUGUAUUGCUUAAUACUAAUCUGGCAUUUAAGCGAGCUCGAGAGAAAAAGGAAAAUAAAAUGCGAAGAAAGAAGCGUGGUAAGGAGGCUUUGGAGAGGUCCACAACUGCUUGGGAUAUACUUAUGAGUGACACGCUGAAUGAGGAUUUGGAAGUUCGCUCUGAUGAAGAGGAACUUAAUGACAGUAUUGCUGAGCCUACGUCGUCUUCAACUCAGUUGCAAACCCAGUUGGUCAAUGUCGUGGAAACGAAAAUUCCAAAGGAAAUUCUAAAGAAUGCGGCUUCGGUCUACCUCACAUUGGAUGUUCUAAUAGCCUUACUCUAUAUAUCUGUUGUAACGUUUGGAUGCAGAUGGAUCAUGCUUUCGGACAUCUUGAGAUGGAUGCGAGAAGGCAGGCUGGGUAUCUCUAUUUUUCAGUUUACGGCCCUUAGCACGAGAAAUUUUGAUGACGUAAAAGCAGGGCCAUUAGGCUGGUGUACAAAGCUUAUUGUGUCUCGACUAUUGUAUCAUUUGAAUCUCCCUGAAUCUAUGAUGGAACAAGUUACUCUUUUGAUGGAACUGGCACCUCCACGCGUCGAUCUUGACGAGAACAGUUUACGAAGGCAAGGACGUAUCGAGCAGGCGAAUGAUGUUCAGGAAUUCCAGUGCUCCGUCGUAGAGAAUGCUACAUGUAGAUCCUUCAACUUCAUGCGGUGGUAUUAUCAACUCGUUAUGAGACUUAUGUUUUGGGAAGGAUAUGAUCCGCUUGAUGUUCUUCAAACAAAGCAAGUCUACUUUCUCAUGAUCCGUUAUCCUCGUCCCCAGUUCACUAACGGCGGAGUUAUUUAUCUGAAGGAGUAUGAUUUUCGAUCACUCAUUUUCAACCGUCGAAUGGGUCUGCAGAAGACGUGUCACGGUUUGCGCAUGCUUUUCGCAUCGCGAAAGAGUGCUGUUGACGCUUUUGAGGUCGCUAAGACGGCAAUGAGUCACACCUUUGCCAAGCUUCUUCAUUGCUUUUCAAAAAUCAUAGGAGAAUCUGAGCCAAUCUUGUAUUGUGCGUUCAUGAUGUUGGAAUUUCAGAUUGCGGAUAGGCAGAGAUUCAAUAAUCUGAAGCGAUCCAUGGUUGAUGGAAAAGUUUGCCCACUGCAGAGUACCGCCGUUAAUAGCGAAGGAAAACGUUCUUUCAAGACGUUGUAUAUAUCGCCUGCUGAAGACGUUUCUGACGCUGGUGAGAUUGAAGUAGUGCGACUUGGAGUGCCGAGGCUUUGGGGAUCCUCUCAAAUUGGACGUUUUGCGGAUGACGUGGCAAGUGAGGAAUUUGAUUAUUCCAGCGAAAGCAGCGAUGACGAUGACUUCAGCCCUUCUGAUUCUUCAGCUAAAGAGGACGAUGAGGAAUCGAUUCAAGACGUAUCUCGAAAUUCUCCUCGAGAAAGUAUUGUUGAACGGACAUUGCCGAUUUCCACGCAAGAGCACCCUUCGUUAUGCUCGGCUUCAACGUCACGAGAGGUUCAGAAUCGUCAACGAUACAUUCGUGCUUAUGAGUUUGAUCUUAUUUGGAUGCUCAUUACAAUGCGAUACUGGUGA